CAAGCACAUAAAAGGAAGUCUCCAAAGUGAGGCACCACCCGUCCGCUUAGCCAUGAGUUUUGCUCUCGGAGGAGCACAGUGCAAGCGCGCUAAAUUCCUUGUGUUCCUCCCAAUUCGACUAUAUUCCAUGUUUUCCAAGGUUUUCGAAGCUUUCUCUGCAUCUUAGCAUAAGAAGAAAAGAAUGUUGGAACCUGGAAUCAGUUUGACUCGGAAUAUUAUAUCAAUAAAUCUUCUGCUCUAAACUUGGAGAUGUUUUAUGUUAAAUCAGGUUUUCAUUAUUGCUCCAUAGAUGACGAGCAGCGUCUGUCAUUGCUGAACUAGUUUUUUAUUCACUGCCAUCCAAAGGACUUGACGCCAUUGAAGCUCAACCCAAGUUCACCAUAUUCUUCAAAUUGUAUCCCGUCUUGUUCUAUUUUGAGCCAAUGGGUCGGCCUAGUUGUGGUGUUUGCGUUGAAGCGCAAUCCAAAUACAAGUGUCCCACCUGCUUCAUGCCGUACUGCUCUUUGGCAUGUUUCAAGAAUCACAGAGAAGUUCCUUGUACAAAACCAGAUCUUCCAGAGCAAAAACCUGAAACCCAUUUACUAUCUGCAAGAUCAAUCCGAGUAGAUGAAGAAAGUUGGGUGCUUCAAAAGGAUCAGUUCGAGUCAAUAGCUAGUUCUUAUGAAAUCAGAAACACCUUGAAGAAUGAUGAACUUUGUAGGAUCAUAUCGAAUAUAAACUCUUCAACAAAUGCAGAGGAUGAACUUGAUAAAGCUUUGCGUGAUCCGGCGUUUAGGGAGUUUAGUGAUAAGAUCUCAUGUAUUCUCAAUCCAGGAGAGCAAUCAGAAGUAAUUGAAAGCUGAUACGAGUUUGGAAUGUACUCUGAUAUGUCCUGUGAAUUUAUUUAUGCAUUUCAAUACAUGCAAGAAGCUUAGUUUCCCUUAUUCCCUUACUUCAAUCUACGAAAUAAUUAAGGAGCUGAGUAACAUGUAAUGCUCAUGAUGAUCUUGAAAAGGAAAAAGAAAAGUAACUUAUGAAGCAA